UUCAACAGCAGCUGCACAUACAUGGAUGUUGACAGGUUAUAGCAGGUUGCAAAUGUGACUGUUAGCAUUGUAAGCUUGCCUUUCCGUGGGAUUUAUGAGUUACUAACUUUAUCAAACUAAUAGGGAACAGUUUUUUGUUGCCCUUUUACAUUUUUCAGAGGCAAAGUCGAAUCAUGUCGAAUAUGGAGGCUGGUUUCAAAGACAUGAGCAAUGAACCUGAGAGGAAGCUGGGGGAGGUUGUGGCUUACAAAACGCUGUGAAACUUCCGCAUACCAGACAUUUGCAGAAUGAAGUCGUUUGUUAAAGUUCUCUUUGUCGUUUAUUUGCUUUAUUUAUGUGAACCACAAGGGAUCAGUGCUGGGACUGUGUUUGUGCUGAAGGGAGAAGAUUUGCUUCUGAAUGUCACCAAAGCUGUUGUUCUUGAGGAAUCCAAUUUAUUUUCCUGGAAAUGUAAUACAAGUAACAUAGUGAGAUUCACUUUUAAUGACAUCAAAGUCUUUGCUAAUUACGAUGGAAGGCUUGAGUUUCCUGUGAACAAUUACUCAGUGAAAUUGAAGAAUCUCCAAGAGGCAGACAGUGGAGUUUAUACUGCUGUGUUGGAAAGGGAUAAAACAGAAAAUAUAGCAAAAUAUAACGUCAAAGUUCAAGAUCGAGCGUCUCUCCCUCUCCUCACAGUGAGCUCUGUCUCCAGUAACUCUUCCUCCUGUAGCUUCACUGUGACCUGCAGCUCACAGGACUCUCACAUCAACAGCACUUUCACAUGUGACAACCAAACCUGCAGUCAGGAGGGAGGAGAGCGAUCAGAGGGGAUCCCUGAUACUUUUCUCCAGGUCCACCAAUCAAGUGGCUCGAUCAUCUGUAACCAUAGCAACCAUGUCAGCUGGACCAAUGACACCAGAACAAUCAAAGAUGUCUGCCACCAGCAUGAUGUUCCUCCCAAACCAGACCCUGUUCCCAUCAUUUUGGGAGUAUUCUUCACAAUUCUCAUUCUCGCCAUCAUUGGUGUAGUACUUUGGUAUCUUCGAAUGAGAAGAACAAGCAAAAGGGUGAGUGUCGAAAAUACAGUUUAUGAUACUGCUCAGCCCGGAGCUCCAGCCCGGCGUAAAGACCCAACAGCUGAUGAAGAUUCAGCUCCGCCUUUGUCCUCCUGCUACGCUUGUGUUGGUCCUCACACUGGACCCCCAGCUCCCACUGAGCCUAGAAACACAGCUCAGCUAGAGAGUAUGUACACUGAGGUAAAAAAGAGCCCACCAGGUCCUUGAAAAAUUAUCAGGAGUCGUUUUCCACAUCCUGCACUCUUUGGGAUUAUGAGCAACUGAGCCACAUUACCCUCUUUUGGUGUGAACAUCCUAAACCACGUCCUGUGUCUGCACCCAGAAGUGCUCUAACUCCACCUUCAAUGCACAGCUGUGAUUGGUUAAUGAUCGAUUGAAAUGACUCCUUUUCUUGCAGUUUAUGAAUUCUGAAGCUCUAUGGCUAUCGGCUGCCAUCUUGACUCAAAUGAUAUUAUUUAUUGACUCCUCUCAGACAAUACUGUGACAAACAUGUAUUUUAUUUUUUUACAUCUUAGUGUUUUGUCUGUUUUUGGAUAUCUUUGAUUUCUGUCUGUUGUAUGCACAUGAUCCUAUUAGUCUAUUUUGAAAUACUGGAAAGCAAUGAUGUUUUGCACAUUUUUACGAACGUUUCAAAGACUAUAGCUAACUUGAAGAGCAACAGGAACCACUGAUCCUAGUUAGCAUCAAGCUAAUUAGAGGAUGAAACCCUUGCAAAUGCACACAUCACAGCACACACAGUGAAAUAUGACCUCUCGGGGGGUUAGGGGUGUCUGAUGCCUUGCUCAAGGGCACCACGGCAGGGCCAAGGAGGUGGACUGGGACUUCUCCAAGUACCAGUCCACACUCCAUAUUUUAGGUCUGUUCGGGGACUUGAACCAGCGACCCUACGGCUCCCAGUCCAAGCCCCUACUGACUAAGCCAAUACCGGCAAGAAGAAGAUCAUUGGAUUGAACGGUUUUCUACAUUUUACACACAGUUUAACGACAGGCUUUGAGAGAAACAGAUUACAUGUAAUGGAAUUAAUGUUAUUGUGUGCAAAAGAUUUUAUAGUGUUUACCCUAAAGGCCCUGACACACCAGGCAGUCACCAGAGAACUCGCCGAUGCCGACGCCGACUGUUGUGUCGGCGAGUUCUCCUGCGUCUUGGCCAACGUCGCACUGGAACACACCGCAAAGACUUCAGCCGAGCACGUACGAACUGCGCAUGCGUGAGUGACAAUAACUCUCCUUACCAGCAGGCGGCGGUAGUGUGUAUUCAUCAUUCAAAAUAGGCAACAACCGGAAGACAGAGAAGAAGAACAGACUGUGAUAUAAACAAACAACAAAUAGCGUGUGCGUUCCAUUUUCACUCUCGUCCAUCGAAAACAUGUUUCGUGCGGUACUGGAGCUAUCAGCCAUGGAGUGUUGCUUGUGGAAGACAUUCUCAAGCAACAGUCUCUCAAGAGCUUAUAUAUACAGUCUAUGCUCAAGAGGCGGAAGCGAAGAAUUAGGAGAAACCGCACUAAAUGGGUGAAAUCAUGGGUACUACAGCGAGAAGCUCAUGGGGCUUUCCUGAACCUGUGUCGAGAGCUCGAGUUAAAUGAAAUGACAGAUUUCAGAUAUUUUCCUCAAGCUUUGGUAAAGUGUAUUCUUUGAAUGCAGAUUUGGGUUCUGCCCGCUCUGUAUUAAUGUCAUGUGGAUUUUCCUGUCAUGUUGACAGGUUAUCAUCAUGUAGGCGUUGAUAAAAGCAAAUUUGAAUGUUGUGUUAUGUGUGUAUGAAGGUACGAAAUAAAGUUUUGCAUUGCCUAUCCUGCUA